AUGGAGCCUGAGAUCCUCGUUCAUAUUUCCGCUCCAGGCACUGCAAGAGAUGAUGCACGGUAUCGGGAUCAUGUCAACGCCAUCUUGGCCUAUGGCCCUACCACACACGAGAGUCAGAGUACGCAGCUUUCCGUCUCCUGUGCAGCUGCCCGCUCUCCUGAGUCUGGAUCUCAUUUAGGUCCUUCUCUCUUGGUCCAAUCUACGCUACAAACUGAUCUUCGCCCGGUCACUGAGAAAUCCAUUGGCUCCAAUGUGGCCUAUGAUUCUCUUGGUAGUCUGAUCAGUGUGAUUCCAGACUCACAGGAGGUGGAUGAAGAUCGGUCCUCAAAAAGACCCCGAUUGGAAUCUCCAAUCCCUGCAAAUGAUCCGCCGACAGAAGAAAGGAAUACUGCAAUAACAAGUAUUAUACCUCGACAAGAUGAUUCCACUCUUGCUUCUACUAGUAUAUCGCUCACCCUCCCACUGGAAAUCCAUCCCCCGCCACCAUCUAUCUCCGUCUCCCAUUUCACUACCCAUAUAACUCCAACUCUAGCAAUGCUCACAACCCGCCUUAAGCCAGAACGAGUCUACAAACCACUCAACCAGAGUCGGGUUCUAGAAAAACUAGAACGUGGCUACUGGUCCCUCAACAUCGCCAUUAUCCCCAUAACUACGAAGUCUACAGACACAGACCCAAAAAUGCUAUCUAAAUCUGACAUGGGACGUCAGAUCUGGACUAUACAGCUCUUUCAUCGUUUCUGGACCUUUUUAUCUGAUUUUGUCGGUCGAGAUGCUCGUGCUGGGUGGGGAGUGUGGUGUGUAGUGGAUGAAGAUCACACUGCUGCUACUGGGUCUAAUCGAAACAAUGUGGCUAUUUCCGGCGGUUCGCUAGUGCGGCUGAAGGUAUAUGCUUGGGGCGAGAUCGCUAUGCAUAUCUAUUUGCUUCUGUUUCUGGCCAGUGAGCGCCAAAUUCGGGGGAUGGGGGCGCAGUGGAUGGAUUAUCGCGAUGAGAUGGUAAUCCAGAUGCCAUGA